GCUGCCAAAACCCCGCAGGGCCCUUCCAACUCGUAGUCCUCGUAGCAGCGCCGCCAUAUCCAGCUGCUAACAGAUAUUUAGACAUCAGACGCAUCAUUUUUACGCGACUCACUUACGCAGCACGUAAUACACAUCAUUGCUUUGACCGGAGAGGAGACCAUGGCAAACCUUGGUAUAAAAGCGGGGGAUAAGGUGCUGUUGGUGUGGAGCCAACCCUCAUCCCCAACAACCCUGAAGGAGCUGGCAGAGAGUCUAGGGUCCAUGGUUGGCUCUGAGGGCCGAGUGUCACUGGAGAAUAUGGAGAGACUUCUAAUGUCUUCACAUGCAGCAUCAACUUAUGACUGGGUCCUCUCAAGUCUACUCCCUGACAGCUCUUCCAUUCACACCUCAGAGACGCUAGCAGAGAUGGCCAGAGUGAUAAAACCUGGUGGGAAACUAGUGCUAGAGGAACCUGUUACAGGAACUAAUGACCAAUCGGUGAGGACUGCUGAAAAACUUAUGUCAGCCUUGAAGUUGUCUGGCCUGGUGUCUGUCACUGAGAUCAGUAAAGGACCCCUGACUCCAAAAACGUUGUCUGCCCUGAGGACAUCUACAGGCUUCCAGGGGAACACUCUCUCCAGGGUGCGCAUGUCUGCUUCUAAACCCAACUUUGAGGUGGGCUCCUCUAGCCAGCUGAAGCUUUCCUUUGGGAAAAAGACACUAAAACCAGAAGACAAACCAGCUCUUGACCCCAAUGUUGAAAAGGCGUGGACCCUGUCAGCCAAUGACAUGGAUGAUGAUGAUGUGGACCUGGUGGACUCCGAUGCUCUUCUGGAUGCAGAGGAUCUAAAGAAGCCAGAUGCAGCCUCCCUCAAGGCGCCCUCUUGUGGUGACGGAACAACCAAGAAAAAGAAAGCUUGCAAGAACUGCUCUUGUGGUCUUGCUGAGGAGUUGGAACAAGAAAGCAAGGGUGUCCAGACGAUCAGCCAGCCCAAGUCAGCGUGUGGAAGUUGUUACCUGGGUGAUGCCUUCCGGUGUGCCAGCUGUCCGUAUCUUGGGAUGCCUGCCUUUAAACCUGGGGAGAAGGUUGUCCUGGCCAACAUGGGGCUAAAUGAUGCCUAGGAACACAUUUAUGUAGUGUCACAUUAUUUACAUUCCUUACACACUGCUAACCUACCACCCCCUAGAGCAAUGUUCCCUCUUUUCUCCAGCACUGGGCAAAUUUCAGGUCUGCUGUGCAAACUCGCAUUUACUGUGAACACUGAGGCUGUACCCACUUUAAGUUAGUUAACAGUGGUCAAGUACGCUACUGUUGCUAUUUGAAACAUAAUGUAGGCCUAUCAGUGUGGCCUACCAUCAAAAACAAGGAAAAUAUGCAUCCUGUAACAUGGAAAUAGAACAGCUAUCAUUCAGCCUACAGUAGCAGCUAAUGUGUGGUGUUCAAUGUAGGUCUACAUUCCAUAAGACUUUAGAAAAAAACAUGCAGGGCUUGACAUUAACCUGUUUAUCCACUUGUCCUUCAGACAAGGUGACAAAAAAUAUUGUUUGAUGCAAGAAACUACUUUACAAAAUAAAAUGCAUUUAUUAUUUCCAUACCAUUAUUACAGACAGACAAAUGAUCCCUACCCUCUAUAUAUUGGCUACUUAACUCACAAACUAGCAAAGUAUAUUAACAAAAUGUGCACACAUGGCAACAUGCAGCUCUUGCUUUGAUCUCAACACAAGCGCAUCUACUAAUGACCACUCAUGCUGUCCAGUCCAGUUCAAAGGAAACAGCACAGAUCCAUAUAUGGCAAUGUUUUAUUUGCAAAUAGGCUUACUGCAGCUGUGAAGUUUAAUCCCAUGCUUCUUUCUCUCUUUGGGCUGAUAUUUAUUUUGCUCCGCAGUCCCGGGGGAGCUGCACGGCAGUCUCGGGGCUACUGCGCACCCACUUGCAGCUUAGAGGAAACAUUGCCCUGCAGUACUUGUUCAAUGCCGGGUUCUCAAUGAGGAGAGUGGUUCUACAUCUCAUUUAUGUGAGAGCAAAAACCAGAUUGAGUUUAAGAAAAUGAAGGCCUAAUGCACUGAAUUGCAGUCAGAAAUGUGUUAUUGCUGGUUGUAUACAGUUGUAAUACAUGUAUUAGGAGUAGAAUUUAAAGUAUGCAAGCAUGACUGAAUUCAUCAUAAUCAUUGCAUCAAUCCAGGCUACGACCAUGUGAAAACGACAAUAUGCUACUGGAUACAGUGAAGAUUUCACAGAGCAGUCACCAUAUUUCAAGUAUUACUGGAACAUACAGGUGUUGAUUUGUCAGUUCAGUGAAUCGUGUGUAUUUUACUAUCUUUUUAACAAUAAAAAAAUCUGUUAAUCAUA